AACUCGGCCAAAACAACAACAAUCAACAAAUAUCAACAAAAUAAGUCGAAAAUUGCGUAAAAAGGACAAAAUCAGAGUCGAGGGCUGACACGGCUCUAACAGACACAUGGCAUUUCGCUUCUUUGGCAAAUCCCUUCUCUACGGGCUGCCCCUGGGGAUCACGUUUCUUGACUGCGUUGGCUAUGUGGCCAGGGUGGAGGGAAUCUCCAUGCAGCCGGCGCUGAAUCCGGUGGCAGAUGAACGGGAUUACGUCUUCCUCAUGCGCUGGGGCACGCACAACAGUCAAUUGGAACGCGGCGACAUAAUAUCCCUCAUCUCCCCCAAGGAUCCCGCUCAGAAGAUCAUUAAACGGGUGGUGGGACUCCAGGGCGAUGUGGUGUCCACGCUGGGCUAUAAGCAGGAAAUUGUGCGCAUUCCUGAGGGCCAUUGCUGGGUGGAAGGUGAUCACACCGGGCACUCAAUGGACAGCAAUACCUUUGGGCCGGUGGCCAUGGGGCUGAUGUCAGCGCGAGCGGUGGCUAUUGUCUGGCCGCCGGAACGUUGGCAGCUGCUGCACAACGAAUUGCCGCGCCGACGGAGGCCUAUCCAGGCGGCCAAGGGCAACUACUAUAACUAGACUGACCAGCAGCCAGCUCUGCACCGAGGAUAGUUCCAAUUGUGUACAUACAUGUGUUAAAGCCACCAAACAAGCUAUAUAUUUUAUAAAUAAUUGUGUUCCCGCAAGCGAGGCACAUAGGACGUUCUAAAUUAAAAAUUAUAGUAAAAAAUCCAAAGAAUAACGCUUA